AUGUUUUAUUUUCAGUAUCUCGGUCAGGGAGGAAAUUUCAACAACUUCCUUUCUCAAGAUCAUUGUGAGAAGUUCUGCUCUAGAAUUCUUUGUUCGGCUGGAGAGCCACUUAAGGAUUCGUCCGGCGAAAGAAAUAUGGAAUGUUCUCCAACUGGAAGUGGAGCAAAUUCUUGUCCAUCUACACAUUCGUGCGAAAGUACCUCAGGCUCAACCACCUUCGGUGGUGUUUGCUGUCCACGUCCGCAGUACGUGUGCAAACUUCCGCGUGAGCAGGUUCGUGUGCACGUGCCGGGUAACUGUGGGACUUACUCGAACCGAUGGUGGUUUAACGCGAAAACGGGCAACUGUGAGGAGUUCAUCUACUCCGGAUGUCAGGGAAAUGCGAACAACUUUGAA